UCGGUUGGCGAGCUCAUAUCCACCCUGUACUGUAUAUCAACGUGACGUACUUCCGUUGCCGCUCUUCAGGAACGGCAGCAGGCCAUGCUUUGCGGAUUUAUCGACAAUCUUGAGCUGGACAAAGAAGUGAGUUCGUGAGUGAGCUCUGCGGGAGUGCGCUUGCACGUGAGGAGGAAGACAGCUCGUGGCAUUCCCACACGUACACGCGCAGCUUGUAAGGAGAUAGAAAUGCUAAAGUCGAGCCUCGCAGUCUUGCAGUAGCCUUCUUGUUCUAAGCUAACGUUACUUGCAGGGAGCUAACGCUGGUGUGCGAUACCAUACUUCAGAAGUCAGUUGCACCCGAGCAGCAUAUUCUUUUCCGCAAUAGAUAGAAUUCCUUAGUGUGUCCAGCAGUUCCAACACACGGGCAGACAUGGAGAGAAUCGCCUCGAGAGGCGCGGGGAGUGCCAGCAGCAAGCGCUCUUCCAGAACUAACCCGGCACUGGAUAUCGUGACGGACCUGCCCGAUGAAGGCAGCGGCAUGGUCGUCCACCAGCCAAUGCCAAUGGUCAUGGCCAAUCCGCUCUACUUCGACACCCAGCUGCCUGCAUCGCGAUUGGCCUGGACUAACCAGAUGGAACCUAGAUGCACAAGCUCCGGUUGUGUGUGGCCAGGAAAGGCACCGCUAGCAGUGGCAACGGAAGCGCCGCUAGUAGCAGCAACGGAGGCAUCGCCAGUAGUAGCAGAGCGGCCACUGCCUUCAGCGGAGGCGCCGCCAGCAGGGGAGACGCCGCCAGCAGCCGAGAGUCAACGCGAAACCGGCCAUGAAGCGACAUCGGUCGAUGGCAACGCUGAGCAGAAUGAGGACAUCGCGAACCCAGUUGCUGACUCUCCUGAACACGAAGCGACUCGCACUGAGUCUGUGCACGUAUCGCUUCAAGUUCCCGCGGUAUCAUUUCUACAUGGAUCUAUAAGUAUAAAGCCGGAUGACUUUGAUCAUGAUGUGGAUAUGGCAGAGCAGAUGAUGCAUGUAGAGGCUUCAGGACUUAGUACCGAACAACAGGCGCAGGCACAGCCUCAGCAGAAAGGAAAGUACGAAAACUGGUGGGCAUCGGAGAUAUUCGACUGUGGAAACAAUGUAGACAUUUGCAUGUGGGGAUUGCUCUGUCCAUGGUACUUGCUCUUCAAGAUAUCGCACAUACUGGACAAUAACAAGAUAGACCGCGGAGAGAACCAUCGCGCCGCGCGUGCCCAGCAGAAACCACUGGGCUACAGGAUGGUGCGAGCAGUCCGACCCGUGUUCUAUAUCCUAUGCUGCUUUCUCGGGCAUCUGUUUCUACGCAAGAGGGUCCGGGAUCGAUUUAGUAUUCAGGGAUCCUUGAAGAAUGACUGCAUAGUCACUUGCCUGUGUGGCCUGUGCGCCGGCUGCCAAGAAGCUAGAGAAGUUCAGCAGCUCGGUAUUAGCGUCGGAAAUCAAACCCAGACGAUAGACAAGGGAAAGCUGCCCCCGUUCUACCUGAAGAAACUGCGCCACGACGCCAUAACCAAGUCUGAUCGUAAGAUCGUAGCGGUGUGAGCCGAUCGGCAGUGACUGCGUUGUGUGUGUGUGGACCAGUACCAGUACUUAUGCCAUGAUGACAUAACCAAGUAUCAUGGUAGGAUCAUAACGGUGUGAGCCGACCGGCACUGACUGUGUGUGUGGACCAGUACAUGUAUACCAGUAUUUGCGCCGCAGGAUGCACGUCAUGAGAAACACAUUGCUGCCACAUGGGCGUAUGCAGACAUUGGCUCACCGGCGACAACCACCAAAUGGCUCGCAAUGGAUUCUUCGCAGCGGCAUAUGUGCACGUCUACCUCAGUAGCUGUGCCAGUACGGCAGUAGUGGUCUGUGUGUGUGAGCCUACUGUGUCACAUGACCUGUGUGCUCCUAUUUCGGUCACAUGACUACAUGCUGCAUUUGUUCAUCACAUGGUGAUGUCAUGACAGUAGAGAUCAAUGCAUUACUCAGGCUGACUGGAGGUAGGGCUUGUAGUGAAGUAUUGUCUUUUUAUCGUAUAUUAUUGCACACACCUACAGAAGAAGGGGAAACACUCAAAGACAAAGCAAAAAAAACAACAAUGGGUGUGUGGGUGCUACAUGAGCUGCACUGGUGAGGUGCAGUGGACUCCCCCACCGACCACUGCAUGAUAAUAGUGAAGGUACUAUUGUCGUGUUGGGUACGAUCUGUAGCUGGAAUUCUAGUCUGGCCCGAUGGACAGGUAGUAAAAUAAUACUAUAUUGAUGUUGCACAUCAACUGUACCAGGCACUCACACAUUACAGUACAUUGUAAGUAAUGGCAUUGCCGUAACUCUCAACGCUUUACAAUACGGCUGUUCCUCUUAUCUCUGCUUUUAUGGUGGACAAUGUCGAUGCUGUUUCGGCUAAAAGAAACUUGGCUUUAUAUAUCUACAAUUGCAUUUCGCUGGCAGGCUUAGCUCUGCUGUUAUUUAAACCGUGAGAGCUUUUCAAGAAGAUCGUACUAGAAGACCUCACCUCAUCGUGGCUUUUAAAAUCACAUUCAUAUCAUCUGAGAACUAUUUAUGCAAAGUCUGGCAAGCUGCGAAUACGCCAUAAUUGGUAGAUGCUCUAUAAUUAUGUCUCUCAGGCCGAGCCAGAACUCCAGAAGCACUUACAAACAUGAUUGUGAUUCAUGACUCGGAGAUGGCGAAGCGCUGCUGCUGAUAAAAUAUUAUGAUCGCUACUACAAGGAAGCUGGCUGCUGCCACAUAAAUAUUAUAAUUAUUAUUGCUUGGAAACAAUGCAUUUAUUACUCAGAAGUCUUUUUCAAAUGAACCUGACUGACGAUGUUUCACUGUCUGUGGAGGGCACCGAUUGUGAUAAGCCGGAUCAUCACAAUAUUUAUGCCUUGCAUGGAGCAGAA